AUGGAUAAACAUGAGAAUGAGGAGAAAGAGGCAAAGAUAGUAGAUGAUGAUGAGACCACCGAAAGCCAAGGCAAGAGACAUCAAGCUCCUAAUAUCUCUCAGAUGGAACCCACAACCAUAGGUGCCUAUGGCGGUGGUCUGUAUGGAACCGAUGACGAGCCAAAAGAAAGCAGCAGCAGCCCUCGCAAACCACGUGCCAGCCUAACCCAGACCGCCGAUGGCCCAGGUGAUGAACAAGAUAAUAAGUUGCCACCAAGCCACAAAUCCCCACCCUCGUCUGGAGACCGUGGUAUCGACAUUACAGGUCAAUCUUACAUCCAGUGAACAAUCCCAAAAAAGAUAACUCAUGU